GCGGAGCCGCCCGCGAUGCCGCCGCCGCUGCUGCGGCUGCUGGGGCUGGCGCUGGCGCUGGCGCUGGGGCGGGCGCGGGGCGGCGGCGGCUGCCAGCUGCCGGCCGAGUGGCGGCCGCUGAGCGAGGGCUGCCGCGCCGAGCUGGCGGCGAUCAUCGUGUACGCGCGGGUGCUGGCGCUGCACCCCGACCCCUACGGCGCCUACAACUACCUGCCCUGGCAGCGCGGCCCCCCGGGCGGCGGCGCGCAGGGCGCCGGGGGGCUCUUCUACUCGGCCGAGAUCGAGCUGCUCUGCGACCAGGCGUGGGGCAGCAUGCUGGAGGUGCCCGCCGGCUCCCGCCUCAACCUCACCGGCCUCGGCUACUUCUCCUGCCACUCGCACACCGUGCUGCAGGGCUACGCCUACUUCUUCUUCCUCCGGAUGGAUGAGAACUACAUCCUCCUGCCCCACGGAGUCAACUUCCAGGAGGCGAUAUUCCCCGACACGCAGGAGAACAGGAGGAUGUUUUCCAGCCUUUUCCAGUUCGCCAACUGCUCGCAGGCGCAGCACGCCCUGAGCUUCGCCAGUGACUGGGAGAUCCAGGAGGACAACCGGCUCAUGUGCUCCUCUGUCCAGAAGGCCCUGUUUGAGGAAGAGGACAGAGUGAAGAAGCUGCAGCAGAAGGUGGCGACACUGGAGAAGCGCAACAAACAGCUCCGAGAUCGGGUGAAGAAAGUCAAAAGGUCUCUCCGGCAAGCCAGAAAAAACACCAGGCACAUGGAGCAGAUGAACCGAAAGCUCAGUGAGAAACUUUCCUCUGCAGGUGGCCAAAUCCCAUAUAUUAACUCUUUAAAGCAAGAGAACUCCCAUGCUUCCUACCUUAAAGUAUAAUGUAAGGGGAAAUGUUCAGGCCAAUGAUACUGGCGAAUUUUGCCUGCAUUGGAACAGGAUCUGGCCCUCACACUUUGUCUACACUGUGCUUCAAACCCCGCGUGGAAAACAAAUCUGAACUUGCUUUAGGCACAGCACUAGAGGAAAGGAGAACAUGAACCAGAUUUGGCUGGGUGCUGGAGACACAGCCCAAAGCUAUGUCCAUGCUGCCCUGUGUGGACGUAGAGCUGGGUCGCAGUCUAAAGCACACCGUGAUCCCUGGGCUGGCUCUGACAUUGGUUGUGGUGCUGUGGUGUGGUGGGUGGGAUGAAAGUGCCAGCUCAGCCUGUCCCAUCCCAUCAGCCACUGCAGGCACUUGACAUAGGAGCUCUUCUAGGAAGGGUCUGGUGUCAACGUACCUGCUCAAAGUGGGCUGUGCAAGCAAGGCAGAGGGGAUAUAUGGAGAUGGAUGUCAUUGGAAGGGCAGACAUAAAUGUUCUUCACUCCAUCAUCACCGCUAAGCUCUUGUCCCCCAUUAAGCUUGGUGAAAGUCUAUAUCCAGUGCCUGAGCAAAGACUAUGUCUGGAUAGUUUGGACACAUAGUGAGCUUGGGCUUGGGCUCCCCUUCAAAAUGAAGCAUGGAUGUGCCCAGAUUGUCUUAAGACAGUUUCUAAAUAUCACCCUUUUCGUUUUACCAGGAAGUACCCCAGGGUCACAGUAACUCCCUCAGAUGCUUUCAGCAUUUCCCAGCCAACAGAGUUUGAAACCACCUCAUUUUGGGACUGUGUCUAGGAUCUAAUCCAGCUCCCGCAGUCAGGAAUGGACUUGGCAUUGACUUAGAGGGGGUGCUGGAUCUAGCCUGGCAGACCAUUUCAGAUCCAGUUUUCAGGCAGGUUUAAUUUACAGUGUAGACAAGGUUUUAUGUUUUGUAAUCACUGUUUGAGGUUAUGAUGGAGGUUGCUGGGAAACCUCGCUUAGUUACGCUUAGAUACUGUAGAGAUCACAUCAAUAUUAACAGGGCAUUAAAAAUUAAGCUGGUUUAUAUAUGUAUAUAUUUUAAAAUCCUAUCAAAAAUAUUUUUAUUACACAUUUGAUAUAGUCUAAUUUCUUAAAAUAUGAAGUAAAUCCCAUUUCUUGGUUAAAAAAAGUCCACCGUGUUCUUUUCUAGACAUUUACAACAUGACUUCUGAACUGUGGCUAAAGCAGUAUAAAAGUCAAAGCAUCAGUAUCUGUGGCUGAUACAGUUUCCACCUGUGUUAAUCAUAUUUUGGGUCUUGGUAGUCAAACCAUCUUCCUUCAUACCAGUGCACCAUAAGGAGAGAGGAGAAAGGUAGAAGAAUUUUUGUGUUUUUCUUCCCUUUUCAAAAUAGUUUUUCUUACUCGAAGCAUGAGACCCAAGAGCAGAUAUGCUUCAUGCCUUUUGAAAAGGACAGCCCAAUUUUGCCCAGCCCAGAGCAACACUGACAACCUGCCAGGGCUAAACCUGAUCUGCACAAGAGGGACCGAUCCAGAUGGUCUUUAAGAUAGAUGUGUGGCCCUCAGAAACAGCAGUGUGCAAACCACUGCUGAUCCUAACUGCAUGCUUUACCGGAUCACUGCGUGCUAGCGUAUGCAGGCUCCAUGCUGUGUUUCGGCACUUAAAAAUAGAGGAUAUACAGACUACAGCCCCGCUGGACUAUGCUUGCGGACCUUGCGUUAGGAAAAGCCCAUAUCAGUUUUCCACCAUGAACUUCAAUCCAAGCUGAACUCAAAAGUUAAGCAUUGUGUUGGCUUUUAGGAUGCUGCGGAGUUUUAAUUGCCUCCCAGUUUUGCUCCCUUUGGAAAAAGAUUUUUUCCCCCCCUUCCUGAAAUAAUACUGGCAUUUCUUAAGAUUCUAACUCCUCCGCAAGCCUCCCCAGCUUCAAAGGCUCUGCCUACUGAUUCAGCACAAUUUGAGUCAUUUUGUGCUGCAGUCAGCAAUGCGAUUUCCUGAGAACGACUACAGACCUAAGGCUUCCUUAGGCGCCAUCAAUAGCCUUUUACCCCAAAACUUAAAUCCAUAGGAAAGUAACUAAUUUUUUUGGUUUGUUUCUGGUUUCUAAACUGCUGUUUAAAUAAAAUGAACUGUUUUUCCUGGUAUAGGUAUUAAAAUUUCGUUUUAAUUUUUGUUAAUAAAAAUAUUCCCUCUAUUAUUCAUUUAUGUUUCAUAAAUGUUUUUAUAAAGCUGAGAAAAUACAGUUAAUAUAGCUAUACCUUUGCUAUUCUCUCUCACAAAUUUUCCAAACACCAUGUUGAAAAGCUUUCUCUUUUGGCUGAUAUUUAUGUCUCUUGAUGAAAAGAUUGGAAUUUACAUCCUAUUUUUCCUCUUUCUCUAGCUUAAAAGAAAGUAAAGCAUUUUGCUCUCCUUGUCA